GCCUCUCCCCCAUCCACAUGGCCUCCCAAGGUGACCACUUGGACUGUGUGCGGCUUCUGCUGCAGUAUAACGCCGACAUUGAUGACAUCACAUUGGACCACUUGACCCCACUGCACGUGGCUGCCCACUGUGGCCACCACCGUGUGGCCAAGAUCCUGCUCGAGAAGGGAGCCAAGCCUAAUGCGCGGGCCCUGAAUGGCUUCACUCCACUCCACAUAGCCUGCAAGAAGAACCACAUCAGGGUGAUGGAGCUUCUUUUGAAGACGGGGGCCUCCAUCGACGCAGUGACGGAGUCGGGACUCACUCCUCUUCACGUGGCCUCCUUCAUGGGGAACCUUUCCAUUGUCAAGAUCUUGCUCCAACGGGGAGCAUCUCCCAAUGUUUCCAACGUGAAAGUAGAGACACCCCUCCACAUGGCUGCUCGGGCCGGGCACAGUGAGGUAGCCAAGUAUCUUCUCCAGAACAAAGCCAAGGUCAACGCCACAGCUAAGGACGAUCAGACACCCCUGCACUGUGCCAGCCGCCUCGGACACUGCGCCAUGGUGAAGUUGCUCCUGGAGAGCGGCGCCGAUGCUAACCUCUCCACAACUGCUGGACAUACGCCGUUGCACAUCACGGCCCGUGAGGGGCAUCUGGAUUGUGUUUGUGCUCUCCUGGACAAAGGGGCAUCCCAAACUGCCAUGACUAAGAAAGGAUUUACCCCUCUGCACGUUGCUUCCAAAUACGGGAAGGUGGAUGUGGCCGAGGCUCUGCUGCAGCGCAACACGCAACCCAACGCGGCCGGGAAGAAUGGCCUGACGCCUCUGCACGUUGCCGUCCACCACAACAACCUGGACAUUGUGAAAGUGCUGCUGCCCAAGGGGGCAUCUCCGCACAGCGUGGCCUGGAACGGAUACACUCCUUUGCACAUCGCAGCCAGGCAGAACCAAAUGGAGGUGGCUUGCAGCCUAUUGCAAUACGGUGCUUCUGCCAACGCGGAAUCCACGCAGGGAAUGACGCCGCUACACCUGGCAGCCCAGGAGGGCCACGCCGACAUGGUGGUGCUGCUCCUUUCCAAGCAGGCAAAUGGCGACCUUGGAAACAAGAGUGGCCUCACCCCGCUCCACCUGGUGGCCCAAGAAGGACACCUUAAUGUGGCAGACAACCUCCUCAGGCAUGGAGUCCAAGUGGACGCAACGACUCGGAUGGGCUACACCCCGUUGCAUGUGGCUUGCCAUUACGGGAACAUCAAGCUGGUGAAAUUUCUGCUGCAGCAUCAGGCUGACGUCAGUGCCAAAACCAAGCUGGGUUACACGCCUCUGCACCAGGCAGCCCAACAAGGCCACACCGACAUCGUCACCCUUUUGCUCAAGCAUGGGGCUUCGCCCAACGAAGUCAGUUCGAAUGGUGCCACUCCUUUGGCCAUCGCCAAGCGGCUGGGCUACAUUUCCGUCACCGAUGUGCUGAAAGUUGUCACUGAUGAAACCAACUUCCUGUCUUUAAGCGACAAGCACCGGAUGAGCUUCCCAGAGACAGUGGAUGAGAUUCUGGAUGUAUCUGAGGAUGAAGGCACGACUCACGUAACUCUCCUGGGAGAUGAACUGCCAGGUAUCAAGACGCAGAAACGGGAACUUCAGUAUCAGGAAGAUGAGAGAGAAAUUGUGGAAUUUGUCCCCAAAUUGGAUCACACAAGGGAGGAAUCACCAGCUAUCCCUCGAAUCCCUUGCGUUACACCUGAGACGGUCCUGAUCCAGGCUGAGGAACCUGAGCAGCCUUCCAAGGAGUUUGAUGAAGAGUCCCUCAUCCCAAGCAGUCCUGCCACAGAGACCUCGGACAACAUCAGUCCAGUAGCCAGCCCUGUCCACACAGGGUUCCUUGUAAGUUUCAUGGUAGAUGCCCGUGGAGGGUCCAUGCGGGGCAGCAGGCACAAUGGCCUUCGCGUCAUCAUUCCACCCAGGACGUGUGCAGCACCAACUCGCAUCACCUGCCGGCUGGUCAAGCCCCAGAAGCUACCAGCUCCACCCCCUCUGGCAGAAGAAGAAGGACUGGUCAGCAGAAUUAUUGCUCUGGGCCCUGCUGGAGCACAAUUCCUCAGCCCUGUGAUUGUGGAAAUCCCUCAUUUUGCCUCGCACGGCCGUGGUGACCGAGAGUUGGUGGUCCUACGCAGUGAGAAUGGGUCUGUAUGGAAGGAGCACCGCAGCCAUUACGCAGAGAGUUACUUGGACCAGGUCCUCAAUGGGAUGGAUGAAGAAUUGGAAAGUCUGGAAGAAUUGGAGAAGAAAAGGAUUUGCCGUAUCAUCACAACCGACUUCCCCUUGUACUUUGUGGUCAUGUCCCGGGUGUGCCAGAACUGUGAGUUAAUUGGCCCAGAAGGGGGCUGUCUCCAGAGUUCGUUGGUGCCCAUGGUCCAAGCUACCUUUCCUGAAACGGCAGUCACCAAGAAAGUCAAGUUGGCUCUGCAGGCUCAGCCAGUGCCUGAUGAGCUGGUGACCAAACUCCUGGGGAACCAGGCAACCUUCAGCCCAAUUGUGACAGUGGAGCCACGCCGUAGGAAAUUUCAUCGACCUAUCGGGUUGCGCAUUCCUUUGCCCCCAUCUUGGAGAGAGAGUCCCCGAGACAGUGGGGAAGGCGAUACCACCAGCCUGCGCCUCCUCUGCAGCGUUAUAGGAGGAACUGCGCCAGCACAAUGGGAGGACAUCACUGGGACCACAAAAUUACUUUACGCCGACGAGUGUGCAAAUUUCACCACCAAUGUGUCAGCCAGGUUCUGGCUGGCAGACUGCCCGCGCACAGCCGAAGCCGUCCAUUUUGCCACUCUGUUAUACAAGGAGCUGGCAGCUGUGCCCUACAUGGCUAAGUUUGUGGUGUUUGCCAAAAUGAAUGACGGGCGGGAAGGACGCUUGCGCUGCUACUGCAUGACCGAUGACAAAGUGGACAAAACGUUGGAGCAGCAUGAAAACUUCACAGAAGUAGCACGCAGCCGAGACAUUGAGGUGGCCGAAGGCAUGCCACUUCACAUGGAGCUUUCUGGGAACCUCCUGCCAAUCAAGAAGGCUGCCCAGCAACGGAGCUUCUUGUUCCAGUCAUUCCAUGAGAACCGCCUCAUCAUCCCAGUUAAGGUGAGAGACAGUAGCCGGGAAGCCAGUGGCUCUUUGUCUUUCCUUCGCAAGCCCAUGAAGUACGAAGAGCUUCAGCACGUGCUGUGCCAUCUGAACGUCACAAUGCCACCCUGUUCCAAGACUUCUGGCAGUGAAGAGCGAAGGAGAACGCUGACGCCGCUUGCCCUGCGAGAGAGAUACAGCCUUCUCAGUGACAACACUCUGGGAUCCCUUAACAGCACAGAGAAAGACAAGACCAACCUGAAGUUGGCGGUCAUUGCGGAACACUUGGGGCUCAGUUGGGCUGAGCUGGCUCGAGAACUUCAAUUCGGAGUGGAUGAUAUCAACAGAAUCCGAGUUGAGAACCCCAACUCCCUUCUGGAGCAGAGCAUGACCCUCUUAAAUCUUUGGACCAGUCGGGGUGGCCAGAGUGCCAACAUGGAGAGCCUUUACGCAGCCCUUCGCAACAUUGACCGUAGCGAGAUUAUCAACAUGCUGGAAGGUUCCGGGCGUCAGAGUCACAGCCUGAAGAGUGACAAACGCUACCGGCACAGAGACUAUUCUGGGUCACCCUCCCAGUUAAAUGGUUAUGCUUCGCUGCAGGACGAGCUGCUGUCCCCCGCCUCCAUGCACUACGCUCUGCCUUCCCCGCUGUGUGCCGACCAAUACUGGAAUGAGGUGGCCAUCCUGGAAGCCAUCCCCAUGGCUGCCAGCGAGCAGGAUGCCCUCCUGGAGAUGUCGGACAUGCAGGUAUGGUCCUCUGGGCUGACGCCCUCGCUGGUGACGGCCGAAGAUUCCUCCCUGGAGUGCAGCAAGGCUGAGGAUUCGGACGCCACGAGUGAAGGGCGGUUCACGGGGCAGCUGCUGGAGGAUGUGCAUGGCCCCGCCGACCCUCUUGGUUCCAUGGACCUGGUGGAGGAAGACACAGUGGAUUCAGAUGCCAUGAAUGGCCUGAUGGACAUGUUAGAGCAGGAGGAAGGUCAGAGGCCAGCAGAGAGUCCAAGUGGGCAUCAAAGAGUCGCCCACUAUUAGCCGGGUGAUAGAGAAGGGCAAGGACAGGCCCGGUGAAUGGGUAGUCGAGGGUGCCUUCAUCUCCAGCUU